GAGGGGCCGGUCGCCGAGCGCCAACUGCACGCUAUAGGUACGAGGCAAAAAAUCCAGUCGCCGAGCAGAAAUCGUCGCGUUCGUGUCGCAGCUCCGCUGAUUUGAGUUAUCGAUCAUGUCCAACUACAAAUUGACGUACUUCAACUUCAAAGGCUUGGGAGAGCCGAUCCGUAUGCUCUUGACCUACGGUGGCGUCGAUUUCAAGGACCACAGGAUCGAAAUGGAGGAUUGGCCCGCUUUGAAAUCCACAAUGCCCAUGGAGCAAAUGCCGGUUCUCGAAAUUGACGGCAAAGUUUAUCACCAAUCUAUAGCGAUAGCCCGUUACCUCGCCAAAAAGUUUGCUCUCUACGGUCGAGAUGAUCUCGAAGCCAUGUCAAUCGAUGGGUCCGUUGCUGACAUAGAAGAUUUCCGACAGGAUGCGGCAUUGUAUUUCCGGGAAAAGGAUGAAGAUCUCAAAGCUAAAUACCUCAAGAACGUCGAAACUAAAUCUGUCUUUUUCUUGAAUAAAUUUGAGGAGAGAGCGAAGAAAAACGGCGGAUAUUUUGUUGGCAGUAAGCUGACUUGGGCUGAUAUUCAUUUUACUUGCAUGAUCGAGCUUGUUUCCACUGUACUAAAGAGAGAUCUUUUGCUGAACUAUCCAACAUUAACGAAACUCUACGAUAACGUACGCUCGCACCCGAAACUCAAGGAUUAUAUCCAGAAACGUCCAAAAACUCACAUAUAAGAAAAGGCUUUGAUUAUUCUUUCUUAUCUUCUUAUCGAUGCCAUAUAUUCGUUUUAUUCUUCUGCACUUUUUCAAUCUCACCGAUAAUAUCUUCUUUAAAUUAAUAGAUCAGGUUAUAUACAACUCUGUAGUUCAUAGUAAAUAAAAAAUUAAAUAAAAAUUAGCUGUGACAAAUAGCUGUUAAGAUAA